AUGGUCAACGUUCCAAAAACUCGACGAACGUAUUGCAAGGGAUGCAAGAAGCACGCGAUCCAAAAAGUGACGCAGUACAAAACCGGGAAGGCGUCUUUGUACGCGCAAGGGUCAAAAACGCAGAAACUCUCCCUUUCGAGGAGGAAACAAAGUCUCGCUCGCGCGAUUGGAACGAAGCGCACGCACGCGUUUAAUAUUCUUUUUUACUCACACGACUUCUCUAUUUUAUCAUCUGCAGGUAAACGCCGUUACGACAGAAAACAAUCUGGUUACGGGGGUCAAACCAAACCAGUGUUUCACAAAAAAGCAAAGACCACGAAGAAGAUCGUCUUGAAACUUACCUGCAACACGUGCAAGCGCUCGUGCAUGCACAAAAUCAAACGUUGCAAGACGUUUGAAAUCGGUGGGGACGCAAAGAGUAAGGGUGGUGUCCACGGUUAA